UUUCACAGCUGCACCAUCAAAACGACGCUGCAUCCAACAACAUGGUAUGCUUCUGUUUUCUGGUGGACCAAAGGAGGGAGGUGCAGCGGAGCAAGCCCGCCGCCGGGAUUUGUUCCCGCUGCGGCGGCGGAGCCAGCGUCGCCGACGUGAAGACCGCCACCAGGUUUUGCUGUGUUCCUUUCUAUUGGAAAUCGUGGAGAGCCAUUGUUUGCACUUUCUGUGGUGCUGUUCUUCGUUCUUACCAGCACUAAAUUAAUAUCUAUAUAUAGGUUUGUUAUCACUCUUAGACACUGCUUCCUACUUACCACUUGUUAUAGUGCUAACACAUGAAUCUUUAUCUUCAUCAUCAUGUCUUCAUUCCAACUUCAAUUUAUAAUUAUUAUUUGUUCCAUCUUUCACUUUUAUGUGCUUCUUCUCAAGAGACAUAUAUAAUACGCAAUUUCUUACAAACUACUUUGACCAUGUCUAAUUUA